AUGACGGACCCGACGGAGAGCCACGGGAACCUGUUCCCGAUCUUCCUCCUGUCGCUGAUUCAGUUCUUCCUCGUCCCGAUCACGAUCUUCCGCGUCGGCGGAUGGCUCCUCGGCGACGGCGAUAAGGCCGCGCGCCCGGCCGCGGCCGCGCCCGCGGUCGCGCCCGCAGACGCGUCCUCGGAGUGGGGGAAAGCCGCGGCCGCGCACGCGGCGAGGAACAAGCCCACGACGUCGAAGCGGAUCAAAGCGCUCUUCCGAGGGUUCAACCUGUACGUAUCCGUCGCGUGGGCGAUGUCCGCCGCGCUCGCGGUGUACAUCGCCUACUCCGCGCCGCCGGAGCACAAAGUCUUCGACCCGUACGAGAUUCUUCAGCUCACACCCGGCGCGGACGCGAGCGCGAUCAAGAAGGCGUACCGAACGCUCUCGCUGCGGUACCACCCGGACAAGAACCCAGAUCCCGAGGCGCACGAGUUCUUCACGGGCUCGAUAACGCCCGCGUACAAGGCGCUCACGGACGAGAACUCGCGCGUGAACUACGAGAAGUACGGGCACCCGGACGGGAAACAGCCCGUGAAGCUCGGCGUCGCGCUCCCGGCGUGGAUGUUCGGACAGGACGGCACCGGACCGUACGUGCUCAUGUUCCUCGUCGCGUUCGGCAUCUUGCUUCCGAUGUUUUUCGCCGUGUGCGCGAUCCAACGCAUGAACAAGUACGGCGGCGACGCCGGCAAGGUGCUGCGGCAGACGUUCCAGCACUUCAUGAUGGAGUUGAGGCCGAACCUCGCGCUGACGAAAGUCCCGAAGAUGCUCUCCGUCGCGAUGGAGUUCAUCAACAUUCCGUUCAAGAGGGACCAAGAGGAGGGGUUUCGGAAGCUCGCGGUGUCGACGAAGAGCGAGUACGAUUCAAAGGACCAAAAGUUCAUGAAGCGGCACCCCGCGAUCCUAAAAGCGCACAUGCUCAUGCUCGCGCAGGCGUGCCGCAAGACGAACGACGUCGACGCGUCGCUGCAGGCGGACCUGAAGACCGUGAUGGGCCUGUUCCCGAGACUCGCCGAGGAGGCGCUGAAGAUCACGCUCGCGCCGGUGAAUCAACUCGGGUACUCGUUCAUGCGCCCGGGCCUGAGCAUCCUCGAGUUCACGCAGUGCGUCACGCAGGCGGUCGCGCCGAGCGCGAGGAAGCCGAGCGACAAGCCCGGCCAAGUCGCGGACGGGCUCGCGUCGCUGCUGACGCUCCCGCACGUGGACGAGAGGACGGCGGUGAACUUGACGCGGAAAAAGGUCAAGUCGCUCGCGGACCUCCUCGCGACGCCCGGCCCGGACGCGCGCGCGUCCGCGCUCGCGGCCGCGGGUCUCUCCGCGAGACAAGCCGCGGACGUGGAGGCGCACCUGCGUUUCGUCCCGUCCGUCAAGUUUCUGACCGCGACCGUGGAGACGGAGGGCGAGGCAGACGUCGUCGAGCUCGACGCGGUGACGUGUCGCGUGACGCUCAAGAUGACGCGCGGCGCCAACGCGCGCGCGGCGGAGAAGGACGAGGACGGGAAGGACGAGAGCGCCGCGGCGACGGCGUCGGCGUGGGGCAGAGACGAGGCGUGCGGGUUGAUCGUGAGGUCGAGGGAUGACCUCCCGCCGCUGCCGUUUUGCACGCGAUGCGAGAGGGAGGAAGGGUGGUGGCUGGCGGUGACGGAUCCGGCGGCGAACUUUAUUCUCUCGUGCCGGAGGCUCACCGCGGACGUCGUCGCGGAGGCGCAGCAGUCGCCCAAGGGGAAGCAGCUCGAGCUGAAGUUUAACGUACCCACCGCGGGCGUUUACUCGCUUCAGGUGAAGCUCCUGAGCGACUACUGGAUCGGCGUGGACGCGUCGUGGGGCGCGAAGGUGAAGGUGCUGAAGCGCACGAACGAAGUCAUGGAGAAGCGGAUGGCCGCCGCCGCCGCGGCGGUGGACGAGGAGAAGAGCGCGAAGGCGAAGGCGCGCAAGGCGCGGCUCGCGGCCGCCGCGGGCGAGGGCGAGGGCGUCGGGGAGAGCGGCGAGAUCGCGUCUGAGUCGGCGAACGCCGCCGGGAGCGCGUCGGAUUCGGACGACUUGUCCGACCUCGACAGCGACGACGACAGCGACGACGGCCUAGGGCGGCACGGUGACGACGACUACCCGAGCGAGGAGACCGGGACGGAGGAGAGCAGCGACGAGGAGGAGGACGACGCGUUUUUCGCGAACGGCGAGAAGAAGCCGCCGGCGGCGGCGGCGAAAUUGCCGGAGGCGAAGCCCGCCGCCGCCGUGGCUGCGAAGUCGCCGGAGGCGAAGCCCGCCGCCGCCGCCGCCGCGCCGAAAUCGGCGGAGAAGCCCAAGCCGGCCGAGAGCGGGGGGUCGCAGGCGCAGGAUUAA